ACAAUUCCCGAACCCAGCGAUGGCAGCGCUGAGGCAGGAGCACCGCUAUGGACUCUCCUGUGGAAAGAUUGAUAAAAACAUUCCAAACAAGACACUUUAUCACGUCAAGCUCACCGACACAGCCAUCAGAGCCUUGGAAGCCUAUCAAAACCUGAAGGGAUGCUUGCCAAAUCAACCGUCUAUUUGCUUCAAAGGACAUCAGGGGUACGUCAAAAUCCCCACCGUCUCGCCCGAAUCCCCAGCUGCUCUACGCCUCUUCUCCUUCUACCUGUCCAGUGACAGCAAGGACCAGCCCCAGGCCAGCUUCGAGUGUGUCCACCAAUAUGUUUCCAGUGCUGGUCGAGAGCAGCUAAAGAGCCAGGGCAGUAUUUUGGACAAGAUCACAGUGUGUGCCACCGACGACUCGUACCAGAUGACGCGGGAGAGGAUGUCCCAGGUGGAGAAGGACAUCUGGAGCCGGUCGGCCAUCGAGAUCAAACCGGGCGCCACACACCCUAGUAAAUGUGUCAAGUUACAGAAAAAGCCAACACCUCUGUCUACAUCAGACAGCCUCCACAAGCACUCUCCCACCAACAGGAGGAAUAGCGCCCUGGGCCUGCUCACCCAAAGGCCAUUGCGAGAGCGCAUUAUCCACCUUCUAGCCUUAAAGCCCUACAGGAAACCUGAGCUUCUUCUGUGGCUGGAGAGAGAGAGGGCCAGCCCUAAGGACAAGGCCGAGCUGGGCUCUUUACUGGAUGAGGUGGCCAAGGUGAAUCCUAAAGAUAACAGCUUCCUCCUAAAGGACGAGUGCUACAGACUUGUUCAGAGGGACUGGCCUGGCUACGUGGAGGAGGAGAAGCAGCUAGUUAACAAGCUGCUGGCCAGGAAAUUGCAGCUGCAGAGCAGUAGCCAAUCAAGAACUUUCCAGGCAAACUCUACAAACUCAUUCCACAAGACCUCAUGGGAUUCUCCUUUGCAUCACACCUCAGUCAAGAAUCCUGCCGGGAAACGGCCUUUGCCUUCGGACUCAUUGGAUAGCCCAGCUCUGAAAAAACAAAGACUCAUAGACCAGAGGUUGCAUCUGCAGCCAACUACUAACGGACUAUCAAAUUGCAAAGACCAAUCCCCCUCUCUCAAUCCUAUUUUCAACACAAACACUGCGUUUCAAAGGACAAGUAACCACAUUUCAAACAGCCAAAAUGGCUUCCUCCCCCCUAUGGACAAGUUGAGUAGCUCUACUGAUGAUCACACGUCAGAGAGAGGAGAACACAGCCCCCAAGUGACCGGCCAGGAAACACUGCAGAAUGACUCAGAAUGCGUUCAGCAGCAGCUCGCCAACAGUCAGCAUAAAAAGAAAAAGUCUAAGAAGCAUAAAGAGAAAGAGAGGGAGCGAUUAAAAGACAGGCAGACUAGCGAGUGGCUGGAGAACAGCCCAAAUAUCAAACAAAUUCAAGAUAAACCUUAUGAACCUGCCAUCACAAAUGCUGUUCCUGUGGUGGAGGAGAAGCCCGAUUAUGUACUAGCUUACAGUCCCGUUAGUAAUGCGGAGCAACGGCAGAGAUACCAGGUAGACUUCUGUGCUGAGUAUGAUGAGUACAAAGACCUGCAUUCCAGGAUUGCCACAAUCACACAUAUGUUUGUCCAGCUUGGCUCAAAGAUCAAGAGUCUGUCUCCAGGAACACAGGAAUACAAGAUUAUGGAAGACCAAAUACUGGACAAGUACAAGAAGUAUCGAAAGAAGUUUCCAGGCUAUCGGGAAGAAAAGAAACGCUGUGAAUAUCUCCAUCAGAAACUUUCCCACAUAAAACAACUCAUUACAGACUUUGACCUCUCUCAUAACCCCUCAUAGUGCAGGCGUAUCCUGUGAUCUGUGUGCAAGAGAAAUGGAACCAUCAGCAUUAGCACAAACUUCAAAUGCAUUUUCACUUUAAAGCUCUCUAGAACUUUCCAAUGACCUUUUAGAGGUCCACCACCGUCACUCAGAACAUUAGGAUCACUAAAUACUGAUUCAAAGAAGAAAAAGGCUACUAUUUCUAGUUUUGUUAUUGAUUUGCAUAUUAGUUUUGAAUGUUUGUUCAGACUAUAAAAUACCAGAGAAAACCACUUCCUUGUUUUGUUUUUCUCCCAAAACAUAUUCAAUAAUGGUUUUGCUUUAAUAUUUUAAUUUUUUGUUCUGCAACUUCAUGCCUAGAGCGCUGUUCACUAGACAAGAUGAUAAAACAAUUAGACAGAAUUAAGUCUGUCUGAUUACAUAAGGCCAAAUGGUGCAGUAGUUGCCCUGUGCCUGUCCAAAUCAGUCACCACAGAGAAAGAACACUUGGUUGGCAACUUUUUCAGUCACUUUGUUAUUGCGGUAUUCUUUGAUAGGAGACUUUGGUCUUCCUUUCUCUCUAAAUUCUUUGAACUACUGAUGUAUUUAUUUAGAACCGUGGACUUCUGUCUUGUUCUGUUUAUUGUAUGUGAUCUGUCUUCUUGUUUUGCACUGCCCCCUGUCAGCCUUGGGGGUGAGGAACAUGUCACAUGACAUCAGUGUGUUUGUACUGGGUGGUGUGAACAAGGAGAGGAGGUUUGUGAGGUACACUAAACGUCUAUCAAAAGUAGUGAGUAUAUGCUGCAGAUUCAGGUGAAACUCAAUUUCCGUAACAAGAUUAAAACAGAUUUUCAAGAAUUUGAAAAUAGUUUUAAUACAAUACCAUAUUGUCAAAACUAAUGAUGGAAACAUUUACAUUAGUCAUUGUAGAGGUCAUCAGUUAAGGUCAUUGUUAGAUUUGCCAAUGCAUUGUAGUGUCAAACCAAUCUAUUUGAGAGUGUUUUGAUGGUUACUUAUUAUGAUUAAGUAUUUUGCACUGAAUGUUCACCACAAGGGUUUCGAGGCCUUAUAAAACAAACUGCCAUCAUCCUUGACAUUAUAUUGGUAGAUCUGUUUUGUCAUAUGCUCAUGAUUUCUGUCUUGUCUGUCUUCUUUACAUCAUUUACACAUUCAGCUCUGUAGCUCUGUCGCUCUGUCUCUAUCGCCUGUGUAAAUGUCAUUCCUGGUUCUAAUUGCUAUUUCAGUUGUGCCCAUUAUGGAUACUAAGAUCCUAUACCAUUUAAAACAGAACUAUAUUUGCAUUAAAUAUACACAUAUAUCCCCUGUUUCAUUAAGCAGUUGUGAGGUUCAUGAAACAACAUUGACCAAACAUUGCCCUACUUUCACUGCGUAACUUUUGCACUUAAAUUUGUGUUGUUUUAGGAUGGCCCUUAAAUUUUUAUUGUUUUUAGAAAGGAUUUAUUUUGGGGUUCCUUUUGCCUUAAUAUUACUCUUUUUUUGAUCAUAAGACAGACAAACAGGAACUACACAUUGAUGAAAGUGAUGUUGUCACUGAAUGAUGGACAGACAUAUCCAAAUGUGUGGGAGUUACACCAAAUACAAAAUAGUGUUUAAAUGUGCUUACCAACAAACGUUUCAAUAGUUAAUUGUUUUUAUUAUAUACUUUAUUAUUAUUCUUGAUUGUUGAAAACCAAGUCAUAAUGACUGAUUUGUUAUCAGAAAUAUUGUGUGAAAUGAAAAUGUUCCAAUUUCCAGGUAACCACUCAGCCUAAAUCACUAUAGCCUAUGGGUUAUAUUAAACUGUGAGACCACAAAUGAGCGGCUAAUAUUUCCGGCAUAAUGUUUGCCAAAGUUAAAAGAGAAACAACGUAAUGCCAGAGCCAGCGGUGUGUCCAGACAUUUUUGGGGUGGCCAAUCAGAUUUCAGGGGUGGCCCGUGCCACCCUAGGCCACCCCCUGGACACGCCCCUGGCCAGAGCCCGUCUACGGAUCCAUAUACUGUAGACAUUCUCUGGGAGGCUAAUGCUCAGUUACAGCAGGCUCUGUGUUAGUUUAUCCGUCUGGAGAUAAGCCCACCUAGGACAUAGCCUAUUGUGGAAGUGAAACAAAAAUGCUUUAAUGGGCAUUGUUUUAAAAUAGCAUUUUACAAAUGUGAUCCCUUAUUUGUCAUGGUGUACAGAUGCAAAAUAAUACAAUGUAUGUCUA